AUGCCAAAACUCUUCUAGCCUCUGAGAAUGUGAGCACUGGCCAAAAGUUGGACUUUUCCGAUACAAUGGUACAGCAGAAGCUGGAUGAAGUAAAGGACCAAAUCAAGCGGGAAAUAAGGAAGGAACUUAAAAUCAAGGAGGGAGCAGAGAACCUCAGGAAGGUUACAACAGAUAAAAAGAACUUGGCAUAUGUGGACAACAUUUUGAAAAAAUCGAAUAAGAAGUUAGAAGACUUACAUCAUAAGUUACAGGAGUUAAAUGCACACAUUGUUGUAACGGAUCCAGAAGAUGUUGCAGAUUGUCCUAGGACUCCUGAUACUCCAAAUAGCGAUCCUCGUUUUUCUACUAACAACAGAUUGAUGGCCUUAAAGAAGCAAUUGGAUAUAGAACUGAAGGUAAAACAGGGAGCAGAAAAUAUGAUACAGAUGUACUCAAAUGGCUCUUCAAAGGAUCGAAAACUUCUUGCCACAGCUCAGCAGAUGCUCCAGGACAGCAAGACAAAAAUAGAAGUUAUAAGGAUGCAGAUUCUUCAGGCGGUCCAGACCAAUGAACUGGCUUUUGAUAAUGCAAAACCUGUGAUAAGCCCUCUGGAACUCCGAAUGGAAGAAUUACGGCAUCAUUUUAGGAUAGAGUAUGCUGUAGCAGAAGGUGCAAAAAAUGUGAUGAAAUUACUUGGAUCUGGGAAAGUUACCGACAGAAAGGCACUUUCAGAAGCACAAGCAAGAUUUAAUGAAUCAAGCCAGAAGUUGGACCUCUUGAAGUAUUCACUGGAACAGAGGUUGAAUGAACUUCCUAAAAACCAUCCCAAAAGCAGUAUUAUUAUAGAAGAGCUUUCAUUGGUCUCUUCACCCACAUUAAGUCCUCGUCAAAGCGUAAUAUCUACUCAAAACCAGUACAGUACGCUGUCCAAACCAGCAGCUUUAACAGGUACCCUGGAAGUUAGGCUAAUGGGCUGCCAAGAUAUUUUGGAAAACGUCCCCGGUCGAUCAAAAGCCACGUCGAUUACGCUACCUGGUUGGAGUCCAAACGAAGCCAGAUCCUCUUUCAUGAGCAGAACCAGUAAAACUAAAAGCGGGAGUAGUAGAAACCUUCUGAAAACCGAUGACCUGUCCAAUGAAGUCUGUGCUGUACUGAAGCUGGAUAACACUGUGGUUGGUCAAACUAGCUGGAAACCUAUUUCCAAUCAGUCAUGGGAUCAGAAAUUUACACUGGAACUAGACAGGUCACGUGAAUUAGAAAUCUCAGUUUAUUGGCGUGACUGGAGAUCUUUGUGUGCAGUCAAGUUUCUGAGGUUGGAAGAUUUCCUGGAUAACCAACGGCAUGGCAUGUGUCUCUAUCUUGAACCCCAGGGCACUCUGUUUGCAGAGGUUACGUUUUUUAAUCCAGUUAUUGAAAGAAGACCAAAACUCCAGAGGCAGAAGAAAAUUUUUUCAAAACAGCAAGGCAAAACGUUUCUCAGAGCUCCUCAAAUGAAUAUUAAUAUUGCCACUUGGGGAAGGCUGGUAAGAAGAGCUAUUCCUACAGUAAAUCACUCUGGCACCUUCAGCCCUCAAGCGUCAGUGCCUGCUACUGGGCCAGUGGUUGAUGCACACAUUCCUGAACUCACACUGCCAGCCAGCGACUCUCCUGUAGCCAAAUUGGACUUUGAACUUGAGCCUGAGCCUCCACCUGCUCCACCCCGUGCAUCUUCCCUUGGGGAAAUAUGUGAAUCUUCCUCCGAGAUAAAGGCUCCUGACGCACCAUCUCAGGACGAAGUAACAACUUUUGAUUUUGAAAAUGGCAGAAAUAGCAUUGUCCCGAAACUCCAGCCUGAAGUAAUCUGUGAGUCUGAUGCUCCCCGUUCAGACAUAAAAUACACCAACACCCGAGAGCCCGAAGACAGAAGAUCACAACAAAGGUUUCAGUUCAGUCUGAAGGAUUUCAGAUGUUGUGCUGUACUGGGCAGAGGACAUUUUGGAAAGGUGCUGUUGGCAGAGUACAAAAACACAAACGAGAUGUUUGCUAUUAAAGCCUUAAAGAAAGGAGAUAUUGUCGCUCGUGAUGAAGUAGACAGCCUGAUGUGUGAAAAGCGAAUAUUUGAAACUGUGAAUAGUGUAAGACAUCCCUUCUUGGUGAACCUUUUUGCUUGUUUCCAAACCAAAGAUCACGUUUGCUUCGUAAUGGAAUAUGCUGCUGGUGGGGAUCUGAUGAUGCACAUUCACACCGAUGUCUUCUCUGAACCAAGAGCAGUAUUCUACGCUGCGUGUGUGGUUCUUGGACUUCAGUAUUUACACGAGCACAAGAUAGUAUAUAGAGAUUUGAAGUUGGAUAACUUAUUGCUGGACACAGAAGGCUUCGUGAAAAUUGCUGACUUUGGUCUUUGCAAAGAAGGAAUGGGAUUUGGAGACAGAACAAGCACGUUCUGUGGCACGCCGGAAUUUCUUGCUCCAGAGGUGCUGACAGAAACCUCCUACACCAGAGCUGUUGACUGGUGGGGUCUUGGUGUACUUAUCUAUGAGAUGCUAGUGGGUGAGUCUCCCUUCCCUGGAGAUGAUGAAGAGGAGGUGUUUGACAGUAUUGUGAAUGAUGAAGUGAGAUAUCCCCGAUUUCUGUCCACAGAAGCCAUCUCUAUAAUGAGACGGCUGCUACGAAGAAAUCCGGAGCGGCGUCUCGGAGCUGGCGAGAAAGAUGCUGAGGAUGUGAAAAAGCAUCACUUCUUCAGGCUCAUAGAUUGGAAUGCUUUACUGGCCAAGAAAGUGAAGCCUCCUUUUGUGCCCAUCAUUAGAGGACGAGAAGAUGUUAGUAAUUUUGAUGACGAAUUUACCUCUGAAGCACCUAUCCUCACUCCACCUCGGGAACCAAGGAUACUUUCAGAAGAAGAGCAGGAAAUGUUCAGAGAUUUUGAUUACAUUGCUGAUUGGUGUUAA